AUGUCGUCACCCUUUCUCGAUGCCCAAGGCAAUAUAAUCCCCCCAGAGCAAAUACUGGGAAACGGGAACACUGCUGUCGUUCUCCUCCAGAACGGGGUGGCCGUCAAAACACCCCUAAGAUACCCUUGGUCUUCCGAUUCCGAUGUCAAAGUGAAUAUCGACAGUAUCAUACGCGAGCAGAAUGUAUAUCGUCGUUUACAUCACCCCGAUGAUCCCCGGUCAAGCGGUGUUGUCCGUCGCAUUGAGUUCUCGACCGAAUCCACUCAACUUGCAUAUUUGGCCAAUGGAGAUCUCCGGAAUUAG